UACGACUUACGAGCAACCAGGAGCAGAAGGCAAAAACUUGGGUGAACCCGGUCUACAGACCUACCGGCAAAAUGCCCAACCGGAACCCACUUCCUUCCCGCCCUUAUUAAACAAAGAGGAAAAGAAAAGUCAACAAAACACGAGAAAUUUCCUGCUAUCAGUCUCAGAAGUCCGAUAGCUUGCAGAGCACAAAGACCAAAAAAAGAAAGAGAGAAAGAAGAGGAGCUAUGUGUGGAAGGGCUCGCUGUACUCUGAGGCCGGAUGAUAUUCCCAGAGCUUGUCACCUCAACGGCCGUCGGAUUCGUCAUGUAGACAUGAAUAGGUGUCGGCCGGCGUAUAAUGCCUCGCCUGGUUUUAAUUUGCCGGUCGUCAGGAGAGAAGAUGGCCAGGGCGGAGAUGGGGUUGGUCAGGCCCAACUAGAGCAAGGAGCUGUAGUUCAGUGUAUGAAAUGGGGGCUUAUUCCUAGCUUUACCAAGAAAACCGAAAAGCCUGAUCACUUCAAGAUGUUUAAUGCUCGGAGUGAGUCAAUAAGAGAGAAGGCUUCUUUUCGCCGUCUUCUUCCUAACAAUAGGUGCUUGGUUGCUGUUGAAGGAUUCUAUGAGUGGAAAAAAGAUGGUUCAAAGAAGCAACCUUACUACAUAUAUUUCAUGGAUGGGAGGCCCCUAGUUUUUGCUGCUCUUUUUGAUUCUUGGAAAAAUUCAGAAGGUGAGGUCUUUUAUACGUUCACAAUAGUUACAACUUCAUCAUCAUCCACUUUGGAAUGGCUGCAUGACAGGAUGCCUGUGAUUUUGAGAAACAAGGAAGCAACAGAAAUGUGGUUAAAUGGUCCUUCAUCAUCUGAUUUUGAUACAAUACUGAAACCGUAUGGAGAAUCAGAUCUGGUAUGGCAUCCCGUAACAACUGCUAUGGGUAAACUUUCUUUUGAUGGCCCAGAAUGCAUUAGUGAGAUACAACUGAAGAGAGAUGAGAGCAAAACCAUCUCACAGUUUUUCUCCAAGAAAGGAGCAAACAGUCAAGCAGACUCGAAAACUGAAAACAGAACAAUAAAGGGAGAACCAAUGGGCUUGCAGGAGGAAUCUGAAGCUGAUGAUUUAACCAACCAUCAACAUGUCACCAAAUCAGCUGAGAAUGACAGUAAACCUGAUUUUUCCAAUCUUUCUCGUGAUGAGGCUCUACAUAUUCCAGUAAAGCGGGAAUACGAAGUAUGUUCGAGUGAUACAAAACACACUGAUGAUGAAAGUGAGAAGCUACAUGAAAGUCCGGUAACAAAAAAGGUUAGGGGUGCAAGUGAAGAAACAAUGGUGAAACUUGAGGAACAAACUCAGAAAACAUCUCCUACCAAAACUCAUAAGCCAGGUGCGAGUUCAGUGAGAAAGAAAGCUUCUAGCUCCGGUGACAAACAACCAACAUUAUUUUCUUACUUUGGGAAGUGCUAGAAGGAUGUGGAUAGCCCCUACUUUGGCUAUAGCUCAACUGGUCAUUGCUGAAAACUGUGGAUAAAUUUUUGCUUAACCUAUCAAAGGAACCAGGCAAGAUGCAGUGCAAUUUUGGAGCCGUUUUGAUUCUAGUUUUUCCGGAUCAGGCGCGUCUAUUUCUGGCUAUGGGCUAUAGCCCUUUGUACUGUAGUCUCACGGUAAGGGUUUCAUGGAACUCGUGUCGUUUUGAAGCUGUAAAAUGAAGAAUGUACUACAAAAUUCAUUAGGAGUUUCUAGCUUACAAGGAAGGCAGUCCUGUUAACAUAUAAUUUCCCAUACUUUGCAGCUAUGCAUCUGUCAACUUGUAAGGCCAUUUAAGCAAGUAAUGGAGAUUCAAACUAUCUUCCCUUAGAAGAUUA